AUGGCGGUCAGCGUGGCGGGCUGGGGCUCGCUCUUUUCUCAGCUGGAGGAGAAGCGCAUCCCCGAGGACGCGCUGGCGGUGCUGACCCAGGAGCACCACCUCGACGAGGGCAGGAUCGAGUCGACGCAGAAGGCGGCGAAGGCGCAGGGCUGGAAGGCCGACCUAUACCUUGUUCGUCGCACGGGCACAGGCUAUGUGCGGCAGGGCUUCCGGACUACCGACCGAGGCCCCAAGGAGGGCCUCGUCCUCUCUUCGCUGCACCUUCACACCGGCAAUGACCUCUCGGGCACCAACUUGGACAUCCUGUUCCAGAUCGGCACCGUUGUCCACGCGGCAGGACGGCCGUCCAUAUUGGGAGGCGACUGGCAGCACCUCUCAGACUCAUUCAACAGCGCGAGAUGGCCCAAGUCUGUGAAGGGCAAUGUGGUGGCCCCUGGCCAAGCCACGUGUUGCGCGGGUUCGAGUGCGAGGGUGGUCGGCAAUUUCUGCGUAAAGCUUGAGUCGGGCACGCGCACCUAUGACGGGCUGUCGCUGAUCCCGCUCAUGGCGCAGAAGGCCCACAUGGCCAAGGCUUUCCCGUCGGGCCAGUUGAUCAGGCCGCAGCUCCCCGCCGCGAGCCGGCAGGGGGCCCAGGUGUCAGCGGAGGCGGCCGCAUCGAAGCAGGACCUGGAUGCCACUUUCAGCAUGCGGCUCGGGAGGUACGAGGACGAGCUCAUCCAGCACCUCGGGGCGAAGGGUCGGGGGGCCUCGGAGCCCUGCGAGAGCCACUGGCAGUGGCUUGCCCAACUUCGCGAUGCCGCGGAAGACGCGAUGGCCCGAGAUGCGGGAAGCAUGGGGCCGCUGGUCCGGCGGCUGGAUCAGCUAAGCGACGAGGGCCUGGACUUCGUGGGGCACGACGUCGAGGAGAUCAGGCAGGUUGGUGACGCGCUUUGCUCCGUCACAGGCCUCGGCUGCGACGCGGCGCGCCCGAUGCGCAUGCUCUUCCCGAAGGACGACGCCCUCCCGGCCCUCCGCGCGCCGUGGGGCGCCGCGCAGCAGACGGGGUUCGCGCCCGACGCGAUGCGGCGCGCCGUCGGCAUCUUCCACGGCGUGGCGCGCCCCCUGACUAGGUUAUUUCGGUCUACGACGGGGGCGCGGUGGGCGGACCAAAACAAGCGUAGCGACAUCUUCGGGCCGGAGGGCCAGAGCUGCGAUGCGCGCACAUGGGGGCAGGCUGCCGCAGGCGAGUGGGCCACGACCAACAUGAUGACGCGCCUGUCCGCCCUGCUCGACUUGUCCGAGGCGCGCGAGUACACUCGCUGGCGCGAGCUCCAUUCGCGAGCGAGGGGCCUCAGCCUCAACGCGCGCCUGCUGAGGUUGCUGACCGCGCUGCGCUCGACGCCGCGGCUGCUGCCCCACGAAGGAGGUGCGAUCGAGCUGCAGGCGCCGGGGCGCGGCGCUGUGGCAGGCUGUUAUUUCGCCUGCCUCAUGACGCGCAGCUUCCCCAUUCUCAUCCUGGGCGGCAUGGCGAUGAUGCCGGGCAUAUCGGUCGGCAACGUGGUCGACGAUACCCACGCGCAGGCGUCGGAUGGGCGGAUGGCGGCGGCGCGGCAGAGCGGCGCAGCGCGCCGCAAAGUCAGGGGCGAGCUGCAGGGAGGGGGGCCGUCGGUGAACGCAUGGAAAUGUAAGCUCGUGGGCAGUGACUUCGAAGCUGCCAAGGAGCUCGCCCGAAAGUUCCACUCGCUCGCGCAGGCGCGGGCUCGCUCGACAAGGGGCCCGGGCUGCGGCUUCGCCCGCGGCGGGCGCGUCGGCAUGCCGGCGCGGCUAGGUCGCCCGGGCAAGGCGCAGAGGCGGCGCGUAAAACUCAUAACGCUGCGCAAGGAGAGGGGCAGGUGCAAGCAGCUGGUCAGCCUGGGGCACGUCCCAGCCGGUGGCGAGAACCCUUGGGGCCGCGCGACGGGCCCAGCGUCGGCCGCGGGCGGGCGCAGGCAAAAUAUGCACGGCCGACGGGGCGUCGAGGCGCGGCUGCUCGAUGAGGCCCUCUGCGAAGAGGGCUACCUGAAUGGCGCCCAGAUGCACCCUGUGGAUCCUGUCGCCCAGGAGCGGGUGGUCAAGUCCCACCAGCUGGUCCACUAUGUUGACGAGUUCCUGGCCAGACGAUCCGAGCUGCUGGGCCCAGGCGUGACGUACGCGCCACUGUCAAUGCGCAAGGUCUCGGCCAGCCUUGCAAGGGCGGAGCUGCAGCUGCCAGACUGCUCAGACCUGCCCCAAGACGCUGAGCGCCCCUCCGUGCCCCAGUUGCCCCAGCCCGCGGAGCGCACCCUCCAGCCGAUCGACACUUCCGGCCCCUGCCGCCCUCGUCCCAGGAGAAGAGCCCCACCAGGGAUCGAAGAGCUCUACCUUGGGUCUGUUCAAGGCUGGCAGGCCGAGUGUGCGCCCCGGUUCAGGCGCCAGCGCUUCCCCGGCAGAGGAGCUGCGGCGAGGCCAGCAGCCGCCCCCUUCGACUCCGCGGCGCACCUGGUCGUUGUCGUCCAGCAAACGGGAUCCGCGGACUUCGGAGCUGCUGAAGGCCCGCCUGGCCUCAACAGCCUGUCAGCCGCGCGGUCCCACAUCAGGGCUCUGGAGAAGAAGCUGGCGAACAUCAGGGAACCGCUGACCGACGAGGUACAGCAGAGGGUGCAGCUCCAAAUUGUCCCAGUGCUGAAAGCCAAACUCGACAUGGAGGUGGACCCGCUGGCGGAGAGAAGGCGCAACGCGGCAUCCCACGUCUUCGGCGUGACGGCGGGUGAUAUCGCGACAGCGUCGCUUCGGCAGCUGAGCGCCUGGCAGCGCGGCGGCAGGGAGUGCGAUGCGGUCGUGCCGAGGUUCGUCCCCGACGGUAUCGCCGAGGAGGAGCACGAAUGGCAGGACCUCGCGGAGGAACCGCCGGAGUUUUCGCCAGGCGUGGCGGCAGGCUGGAAGCUUGCGAACUGCCAGGCUGAGGAGUCGAGCAGUUCCGCGCGGCACCCGGUGGAGAUGCCGUCCGUGCUCGGCGACAGCAAAACCGAGGUCGACACCGCCGCCCACGUUUCAGAGGAGCUGGCCUGGACAUGGCCCACAGGGAGGUGCUGGAGCAUGCUGCGGGAGUGGGCCAGGGGAGACCCUGUCGACACGGCCGCACUCGCGGCUGCCCGCGGAAGACGCGGUCGCGUCGAGAUGAGAUUGGCCGACGCCGAGCGCGUGCAGCGCAGUUUCGCCAUGGUCGACGCCGCCGCGCGCCUUUUAGAGGAGCUGGCCUGGGCGACCGUGGCCCACGAGCAGGCGAGCGUGGCGUGCCCCAUCAACUGCCACUGCGACUAUGGCAUGUCUGGCAUCUUGUUGGGCAUAUUUGUAAUUCUCGCCGCGGGCGUGUUCACCUUCUUUCCCGUCUUCCUGAAUUGGUUCGCGUGGGAGUGGUACAUCGACCUGUGCUGGCUCUGGUUUUGCCUCGGGGUCGUCAUCCUGACGUUCGCCUGCGUCUACGAGUGCUGCGUCGGCGCUCCCGACGCGAAGGCCCGGAAGCCAGAGGCGGACGUCGAGGCGAGCGUGGCGUGCCCCAUCAACUGCCACUGCGACUAUGGCAUGUCUGGCAUCUUGUUGGGCAUAUUUGUAAUUCUCGCCGCGGGCGUGUUCACCUUCCUUCCCGUCUUCCUGAAUUGGUUCGCGUGGGAGUGGUACAUCGACCUGUGCUGGCUCUGGUUUUGCCUCGGGGUCGUCAUCCUGACGUUCGGCUGCGUCUACGAGCGCUGCGUCGGCGCUCCCGACGCGAAGGCCCGGAAGCCAGAGGCGGACGUCGAGGACGGCGCCGCGAAUGCCCUUGCGCUUUACAUUAUGAUCAACAACUAG